UAAACAAACAAGUAAAGUCAUUUUGAAUUUUGAUCAACAAACAACAACAACAACAACAACAACAAAACAAGAAAUGAUGGAUCAAUCGGUAAUUCCUGAGGCUAAAUUGAUCGAUGUUCAUUCAUGGUUAGAGGAGAAUGAAUCAAAUUUUAAGCCUCCUAUUUGUAAUAAAAUGAUGCAUAAUGAUCAAUUGAAAGUAUUUUUUGUUGGUGGACCAAAUGAACGAAAUGAUUAUCAUAUUGAACUUGGUGAAGAAUUUUUCUAUCAAUUAAAAGGCGAUAUGUGUUUGAAAGUUAUAGAAUGUGGUCGAAAAAAAUCGAUUCAUAUUCGACAAGGAGAAGCAUUUCUAUUGCCAGCGCGAAUACCACAUUCACCACAACGAAAAGCCAAUACAAUCGGAAUGGUUAUUGAACGACAACGAGAGAAUAAUGAACUGGAUGGACUUCGUUAUUAUGUUGAUGAUGACGGUGAAAAUAUUCUCUAUGAACGUUGGUUCCAUUGCUAUGAUUUGGGCACACAAUUAGCGCCGCUCAUUAAGAAAUUUCAUGAUUCUAACGAAUAUAAAACGGGAAAACCAUCGGAAAAUUCACGAUUGAUUGAGGUGCCGUAUAUGGAUGACAACAGAACCGUAAAUAUUGAUCCAAUUAGUUUAUCAAAAUGGUUGCAAUGUCAUGAUGAAGAAAUCGAUCAAAUUGGUCAUCGAACAUUGUUUGAUGAAUCCUAUGGUUUUACCACACGAGUACAAAUUUAUGGUGGCGAUUUUAAACAUUGUAUUCGAUCCGAUAAGAAAGACGAUCGAUUCGAAAUUUUUAUAUGGCAAAUGGUGAGUUCGGCCACUAUACGAUUGGGUCAACAGCCAAUAAUUCAUUUGAAAACGGGAAAUAGCUUAAGAAUUCCUCCAUUUACACGGGUUGAAUUGGACACACGAUCUGGUUGCUAUACAUUGGUAUUGUCAAUGCCAUCAUCAUCAUCAUGAAAUAAACUUGGUCCAAUCGAAUAAUGAUCGAAUUUAUUUGCUGAUGGCAUACCGAAAACUAACCGAACCGAAACAACAAUUCAGAAUGCUGCUUAGAAACAAAUCUCACCUUUAUGGCCAUUCAACAUUUUAUGAUGAUUCAAACACAAACACAUACACAUACACCUGAAUGCAUCGAACCAAGGCUUAACAACAACAACCAAAGUGAAAUGAAAAAUUUGCCGGGAUCAUUUGAACCUAACCAAUAUCAAUAUAUGAAGAUUCAUACAACUGGAAUUUGGGAACAAAAAUUUAAUAAUAAUAAUAAUAAUAAAUACACCCUAAUGUCUAAUUUAUCUUCAAAUGGACAUAAAUCUUGAUUAUAAGAAUGAAAUAAACAGAAGCAUCAGCAAUAAUAUAACAAAUAACAACUGGCCAAAUUCUUUUUGUUUUCAAACAAAUACCUUCAAUAUCACUCAAGGUUGUUCUAAAUAAAAUAUAAACCAUUAUAUUUCCAAUAUCAAUUGGAAAAUGCAUUCAA